GUUUAUUGUACUUAAUUUCCAAAGACAAACAGUAAGCUCUAUAGGAAUUUUUCUGAAAAGUGCUGGUACUUAGCUACCUCUUCCUUUCCAUGUGUUUCUGUCGGUAAUAUAUCAGUUGGCAGAAGGAAUUCGGUUUCUAUAAUAUGCAAGGAAUUCGAUUGGUAUCAUUUGAUGUCACGAACACUUUGAUCAGACUUAGAGUGCCUUUGGGAGUGGCUUAUCAACAAGCAUGCAUGCAAUACGGAAUAUUUCUCGACGCUGAUCAGUUAUCCACCAACUUCAAGGCCCAGUAUAGAAAGGCGUGGAACAAGUUUCCUAAUUUUGGGCACGAUACAAUUGGAUGUCGCCAGUGGUGGUCUGCUGUGGUAUCAGGGACCCUUCAUGAAAGUGGGUUUGAGUCGUUAAGUAAGACCGAAAAUGAGAAAGUUUUCGAGAAGAUUUUUACACAGCUGUAUGACUCGUUCUCAACAGAUGAAUCGUGGACACUCGACCGGAACGCUUUAGAGGUCCUCGAAAAGCUUAAAAAAAAUGAUCAACAGCUUAUCGUUAUUUCCAAUACAGAUGACCGUCUAGAGAGCAUCUUAACGAAUCUCCGAAUUCGACAAUAUUUUGAUGUUGUAAUUAACAGUUACGAAGCAGGUGCGUUCAAGCCUCAGAAAGAAAUUUUUGAUCUAGCCAUUUUUUUAACAUAUGGAUUUAGGAAAUGCCUUGCACGGCAGGCUGUGCAUAUUGGUGACGAUUUAGAGUGUGACUUUAACGGCGCAAGAGCAGCUGGUUGGUAUGGACUUCUCCUCGAUCGUCACAAUAGAAACAUUCAAAUUAACAAACAAUUUCAACUAAGGUCCCUCCUUGAGAUUCCGGCUAAGCUAGAGACAAUGCAAUGCAGUUAAUAGAGAACAUCAACUAACAUCACUGGAAUUAACAGUUAGUAUUUUUAAUCGGAGAAAAACAUGUGUUAUACGCAUAUAGAAAGAAACUUUACUAGCAAGAACUACCGAUUUGUAAUAACAUUAAGCUCGUUUCUGGGGUAUUAGGACUUUAAUAUAUAGUUACCAUUCUUGUUUAGUAUGUUAUAUUAUUGCGUAGUAUAUGCUUAGUGUUGUAGCAAGCAGCAUUUGUAAAUAUAAAUAUGUAAUAAAAAAUGCGUACAGACAACGACAGGGCAUAAGCUCUGUUAUAUAAUACGCAGCAAGUAAUAAAUAGAUCUUUUGGUUUUAAUGAACAGCAAACACUAAUAGAUAAAGGUCUUAAGUGACAAGAACGAAACAGAUCUUGUAUGUACUGACGGUUUAGAAAUAUGGAAAUAUAAUGAAAUACUUUACUAAUUACAGUUUUAUCGAAUGAAAGGUAUUGUUCCUUUUAAAAAAGAUAACUACACUGAUAAACUUGCAAAAAUAUAUUAAUAUGAAUAAUACGGGAAUAUAAUAAAUUAUGAAGUAUGUUUUUUUUGUUGCUGCAAUUUUUGUAUACGCUUGAAUAAUUUGUUGGUGUUUCCAUAAUUCAAUGAUACUUACCACAAUAAAAUAUAAAUUACAAAGUCGUCCAGAAGUUGUAUGCAACGGUAGCUUUACGGUACGGCGAAGUUUACAAACUAAAAACUAGGGAGUUGGUCUGCAGUUCGAAAAAAAAGGAGAAUAUUUAAACGAUUUUCGCUUUAGCUAGAAACCGGUUCUUCCUUUACUGUGAACGUAGGCCCAUAUAGUCAAUCGAUACACGAUCUAUUAACGACAACUGGCUGGAAUCAGUGUAUGAUGCAGCCAAUGGUGCCGUUUAUAAUCUGACUACUAGCCAAAUACAGAAAAAGAUCUAAUUGGUCAUGAUUAAUUUAAAUAAAUGACUUUAGGAAGAAAUAAAUGACUGACAAGUUCUCUUUAUUUCGGA